AGAAUGUACUGUCCCUUUAAGAAUGUAGUCAAAACAAAGCGUAGACGAGCCGGCUGCACGGAAGUGGUAUGAAAUGAGCCGAUAUAGUUAGAAAUAUAUGUAUAUGUAUAUACAUCACGGUUUUGAACAUGCGGUUGGUCUUUUAAUUAUUAAUUAUUAUUUUUUUCUAACCAAGCACUUAGUAAUCGCUUGAACUUAUCGAAGAGCUCGUUAGCUCGCUGGCUAGCGUCAGCAACACAAGCGGCCAUGCCUCCCUACUCCGAACUGAAGAGAAGCAACCACUUCUACUACUUCAUCAAGUUUACCCUAAACGUCUAUUCCAUGCUGUUUUCGCUGAUGGGUCUCUGCGUGCUGUGCGUCGGGGUGUAUGCCGAGGUGGAAAGGCAGAAAAAUCGAACUCUGGAGGGUCUCUUCCUGGCUCCUGCUGUGGUGCUAAUCCUGCUGGGCCUGGUAAUGUUCACAGUCUCACUUGUGGGCAUGGUUGGCUCCCUCCGGGACAACAAGACACUGUUGCACAUGUUUCUUUGCGUCCUCUGUGUUUUGCUACUUCUCCAGGCUAUCGCCCUCAUCAUAGCGCUUCUUUUUGAGAAGAAGACAUCUGCCUUGUUUCAAAGCAGCAUACGAGAGGGAAUCAAACACUAUUACGAUGAUCUGGACUUCAAAAACAUCCUGGAUUAUGUGCAAGAAAAGUUUUCAUGCUGUGGAGGGGAUGAAUAUAAAGACUGGGCAGUCAAUCAAUACCAUUUCUGCAACGGCACUGGUCCACUUGCAUGUGGGGUUCCAUAUACCUGCUGCAUCCCCGGUAAGGUAGGAGAGGUCAUUAACACCCUGUGUGGGUCCAAGGCUAUGGCUCUCGAUAAACAGCGUGAAACCCUGCAGGAGGUGAUCCACGUGCGAGGCUGCAUACAUGCAGUCAACCUUUGGAUGACUGACAACAUUGGAAUAACCAUCGCCCUGUGCUGUGCCAUUGGGCUGCCGCAGCUGUUGGGCAUUGUCCUGACCUGUCUCUUCUGGAACCUCCUGGUGGAAAUGAGCCAGUCGGUUGACAUGGUGGACUUCAAGCUGAAGAAGCUGGAGUUCAAGUACAGCGAGCUGGACCUGGCUGGUGCCGGCUGCUGUAUGUGCCUGCCAAGAGACGGCGGCUACUUGCCCAUUCCGGUCGCCGAACCCGACCUGGACCCCAUUGAUGUUCACCUGCAGAAGCUGAAGAAGCAGCCGCCUCGCACUCAUUCUCAGCUCCUCCAUCUCCAACAGUCCAGAUCGACCACUGGGCUGGACGAGGUAGAUAUUGGACGUAAACUGAAAAGGGAACACUAAUUAGUCUUCAUGCGUCAUUGUAAAGUUUGUAUUUGUUUGAUUUGUGUUGCACUACAUAAGGGUUAAACCUCUGCUGUUGGAUUUAGGGAAGUUGCUUAGCCAAACUGAUCCAAAAUACCUUGUCACUUUUUAAGAAUUCCACCAACAAACGUAGAGCAGGGUUGUUCAAACUUGAUUUUUAUUGACUAUUCUAUACAUAAAAUUACACAUGAAACAUGAUGGACAUUUACAUCCACAUUAAUGAGAUAAAACAUUGGACUAUUGCGUGUUUGACACAAUGGAACCCAUUUAAGUCGUUCCCCUUCAAGUCGAUAAGUCCUGGUCCGCCAUCCACUUUUACUACUAAGUGCCCACUUAAGUCGUGGUGGACCGCUUUUGACCACUACAUAAAAUGUUGAGAGCUAAAACCAGUAGUUUACAUUAUACCAUUUUUUGACAAACUUUUAUGAGUUACUGAUAUUUUUUAAAUAAAAAUUGUCAUGUUCAAACAUUGAUGACAUCUAUUAAACAAGACAAGAGGCAAAGAAUUGAACAGAGACAGAAUUCAAUUUGGUCUCAAUUGAGGAGAGACGCCGGGACACUGUACUCUUGUACAAUCUCCAGCACGCUCUGGCGAAAGAUUGUACUCCUCCUUCUUUAUUUUACUUUCUCCGACCACAUGACCACAGCUGCUUCCAGAGGGAAGUGGGUCGUAAACAGCGUUGCCUUUGGUUACAGAACAGUUCAAAAGAAAAGGUCGUAAACGAGUUCAAAAACAGGUUCGUAAAACAGUUAAAAAAGACGUCCGUAAAACAGUUGAAAAAGGAGGUUCAAAAAGAGGUCGUCUGGAAAUUGGGCAGAUCAUGCCUUCUCUCCGCUUUGAAGUCCUUGGGUUAGAACACUAUUUCUGUUGAUUACCAUACAUGAAAGAAAACAGAAAACCCUUCAUGUUGCUUUCCCCCUUACACAGUGGAGUUUUACUAACCUUCUUCUUGGUAGGUUUCAACGACAGCUUUUGUCUUCUUGCUAGGAACUCAAUGUAACACAAAGUUUUUGUGAUAACUUAGAAACAAUUAUUCUAACAAAAUGUAUUAAGAAAUACAUUCUUUAAAUAAUUGACUGUGUGUGUCGCUACUUGUCAUUAAGGGUUGAUGGUGAGGCAAGCAGACAAACCAGGUACACAGCAUGAAAACUUCCUGUUCAGUGCAAAAUAAAAAUAUGACACUUCUACCCUAGAUUCUACCACUGCAAUUAACAUAAAGUAAUCUUUCUUAGAUUGUUAGCCACCGCAAGAAAGAGUUGGCAUGUUUCCGUAACAUAAGGGCAAGGAAAAACUCACAACCCAGUGGGAUGUCAAUGUGAAUGACUAUGAGAAACCUUGGAGAGGACCCUACCCACCUAGGGUAGACUGGAUGCAAUGGACGUCGAGUGGGUCUAGCAUAAUAUUGUGAACGUCCAGUCCAUAGUGGAUCUAACAUAAUAGUGAGAGUCCAGUCCAUAGUGGGGCCAGCAGGAGACCAUCCGGAGCGGAGACGGGUCAGCAGCGCAGAGAUGUCCCCAACCGAUGCACAGGCGAGCGGUCCACCCUGGGUCCCGACUCCAAAUCCAACCUAAACUUAAAAAAACAUAAUUUAUUUUGUACCAUUUGUACAACUUUGGGGGACCGGUGUCAAGAAGUGGUCACAACAGAUAUUAUAUCAGGCCUGGGCAAUUAUUUUGACUCGGGGGGCCAAAAUUAGAGAAAAAAAUGUGUCCGGGGGCCGGUAUAUCUAUUUUUAGGAAAACUAAUACAAAACCUCACAAUAAAGUCUGAUUGAAUGCUAAAAAUGUUAUGACAGACCGCCUUAAAAACGGAAUGGAAUUUAAUUUUUUUCUAUGAACGAUAAAGCCCUGAAUAUUGACAACAUAUGAACGUCACACCCCCUCUCAAUCGACAAAUUUACAAUCAAGCCGAAUGCAACAAAAAUGCAACAAACACAGCGAAAUAUGAACGUGAAGGGUAAAAAAACAAAAAACAUCUACAAUCUGAUAUAUUUGAUACAUCACUAAGCUUUAGAACUUUCUUGUAAAAAUCUCCUUCCACAUCUGUCCCUGACACCCGCAUUUCAGGCUCUGGAAACACUCUGUGGAAACGCUCCCCACCCACACUGCUUGGUGCCUCGUCUGACCUGCUGUGACGCAGAUUACCAUAGUAACAAGUAGGGUUGUACGGUAUACGGGUAUUAGUAUAGUACCGCGAUACUAAUGAAUCAUAUUCGGUACCAUACCGCCGCUGAAAAGUACCAGUCCGCCACACCCUAAGAUUUUUUGUUAAAAUAAAGCCAAUAAUGCAAUUUUUUCUGGUCCCCUUUAUUUAGAAAAGUAUCGAAAAGUACCGAAAAGUAUCGAAAUAAUAUUGGUAUCAGGACAACACUAGUCACUAAAAUAUAAUGCAAAAGCGCAGAUUCCAACCAUUGAAAUACUUUGUAUAGUUCAAGACUUACGGUCAUUAGAAAACAUGACUGUACAUCAUAACGGCAGAUACACUUUCCAUCUUAAGGAUCUAAAAAAAAUAUUUGGGAAUGUCCGGCGGGCCAGAUUGAAAAGCUCAACGGGCCGCAUGUGGCCCCUGGGCCUUAAUUUGCCCAGGUCUGUAUUACUGUAUAUUGAUGAACACUCAAAUCUCUGCUGAGAUGUUUUAAAGAUGAAAAGGAGGGGUUCCAUCAACAAUCACAUUAUUUUACAAAAAGUGGUUACUGUCAGGCCAAAGUGACAUCAGCAAAAUAUUAUCUAGCAAAGCAACAGCAAAAAAAUAAAAACAUUUGUCUCCAAAGCCGCUGCUCUCGCAUCAACAGGCACACACUAGCUCAGCCACUGUUGCCUUCACGGCCUCACAAACAGUUGGACAAUUCAACUUAAAAGGGGUUCCAUUGUAUCACGCCCACAAAAAUAAUCAAAUAUAAUAAUAAGAGGCUCGCUAAUCGCCUGCGUAGCUCGUCAAGUGAAACCCAAACAGUAAUCUAUGUUCCUAGAUAGAGUGAUGGCGCCUUCCGGUUAGGGUGAAACCCUGCUCACUAUAAAAGUUGUUAUCUUCAACAGCUUAGCGUACAGUAUAAUAAUAUAGUGGAAAUCAAAUGUCCUGCAUCCUAUGUCUGGAAAACCUUGAAAAUAAGCAUCAACUUUUGCUAAUUUAUUUGCUUCUUCUUUUUUUUGUCUCAUUUGUGAUGUUUGGUUUUCUGGGAUUUUUUUGGCAUUACAGCCCAUUUAAUUCAAGUUGAGCCUUUGAAAUUGAGCGAUGUCUCAUGUGCUAAAGCUUACCUCAGGCUGUUUUCCAAAUAGCCGUAUAGUCAAGAGGACAUCUUGUGUACAAAAAUUCACUGCAGAGAAAUGCAGAGUUUUUCAGUGUGUGGAAAAAUAGGACUAGCCAAGUAUGUCAUGCGUGUGUACAGGUUGUGUUAUACCUUUUUUUUCAUGAGUUUGAUUUGUGCCGUCUGUGUACUUUGUAAAACUGAUAGUUGUGGAAUAACAAGAAUGCAUGUUUUGUACUGUGUAUGACCAUAAGCGGGUUUAUGAUACUUGGUUUACUUUGGAACAACGGUUCAGGUUUACAGCUUUUUUUCUUUUAACUACAUGCUUUUUAUUUUGUCCAUCUCUCAGAGGGACAACUAAAGGGAAAAAACAGGCUACAACUCUGUUUAAAAGCAGUACUUUGACAGUGUUUUCCCAGACCACUGUUUUGAGCUUCCCUUCAGCUCCUGCCUUGUACCGCGUACACUACUGCUCAUGGUAAUAAACCUGAAUUUGUCU